GUCCGUCGCGUUUCCUUUGUCGUGCAGAGACGAAACAAACGCAGCCUGAAGCUCGGCCUGAAUUACUGACGUGUCUUGGAUUACUCUAGUAGAGAACACGUCCUUGCGUCACAUUUACACCACUAGGUGGCGUGAAUGACAAUUAUUUAUUCACCACUACCACCCCUGUUUUUUUUUUUAUUCAAAAUGGAACGCUCCAAACUUAGACUGGAUGAAUGGUAAUGUUGGCGCAAACCAUUAUUAUUGUGGGGUAGUGGGCGGUGGAAUCGUAAAAAAAAACCUGACUCAGGUUAUUGGAGGUAUAAGGAAGAGCUUUUCCGGGUGACGUCAAUGUCUCACGUGACACGCUGACUCCGCCCAUAGGCCUGGUUUCCUGGGCGAUGGUGCAUUAGUAUGGCGCUCGCAGGAGAACAAGGCUGAGUGGUAAUCAGAGUGGUUUCAUCGGAGGUGCACUGGUUUCAUCCGUGUGUGUGUGUGUGUGUGUGUGUGUGUGUGUGUGUGUGUGUGUGUGUGUGUGUGUGUGUGUGUGUGUGUGUGUGUGUGUGUGGGAGGAAGUCGGGAUGAAACGAGUCAUCGCGUCUUGGAUCUCGUUGUGUGGAUAAAUCAUUCAUCAGGUCACAGUCAUGGCCGGACUGAUCAAGAAGCAGAUCCUCAAACAUCUUUCCAGGUUUGCUAAGAACCUAUCCCCAGAUAAGAUCAACCUAAGCACAUUGAAGGGGGAGGGUCAGCUGACCAAUCUGGAGCUGGAUGAAGAGGUGCUGCAAAACAUGCUGGAUCUGCCCACCUGGCUGGCCAUUAAUAAGGUCUUCUGCAACAAGGCAGCGAUCCGGAUUCCAUGGACCAAGCUGAAAACACAUCCCAUAACCCUGUCCCUGGACAAAGUUGUGAUGGAAAUGAGCACCUGCGAUGAGCCACGCCCACCCAACGGCCCCUCACCCAUUGCAACAGCCUCAGGUCAAAGUGAGUAUGGUUUUGCGGAGAAGGUUGUCGAGGGCAUCUCUCUCUCCGUGAAUUCCAUCAUCAUCCGGAUCAGCGCCAAGGCUUUUAACGCGUCAUUCGAGCUCUCUCAGCUGCAGGUCUACAGCGUGAACACCAGCUGGGUGGCCAGUGACCUGCGCUACACUCGCAUUCUGGACCCUUCUCGUGGAGAGCUCCUGACCUUUAAGGAGGUCAGCUGGCAGAUGAUCCGGAUCGAAGCUGAUGCCAUCCAUAGCUCAGAACACGAGGUGCUCAGUGCCCCAAUCCGUCUCAUCACCAAUCAGUCCAAGAUCAGAGUCACGCUGAAGAGGAGGAUGAAGGACUGUCAUGUCGUGGCAUCGAAGCUGCUCCUGAUUCUGGACGAUCUGCUAUGGGUGCUGACGGACUCGCAGCUCAAAGCCAUGGUGCAGUACGCAAAGUCCCUGAGCGAGGCCAUGGAGAAAUCGGCGCUGCAGAGGAAGAGCAUGGCGCAGGACUCUUCUCAGGCAACAACAGCGCCCAUCUCUGCACAGCAGGUACACACACAGCCGGCCUCGACCACGGCAGACCCAAGCGCCUCCAUGGCUCACCUCUUCAACGCUUUUGAUGUGUGUGAAACGUCUCACCACCUGCAGGUUACACACCUCGACUUGCACAUCUGUGACGACAUCCACGCUAAGGACAGAGGGAUUGAUAAAAGGAUUCGAGGAGGAGCCAUGCAGCUGUCAUUCAGUUCCAUCACCAUAGAUUACUAUCCGUGCCACAGAGCAGGUGAGUCCUGUGAGCACUGGAUGCACUACAGCGAUGCCACAAAGAGUCGUGAAGCCUGGGCUCGGGCUCUGCUGGAAGAUUAUAGGUCUAACAUGGAAAUGCUGAAAAACGCCAUCAACGGACAUUCACAGUGCUCCCCUCAACACGGCAAAAUCUCCACCAGCGCUAGUACUUCUUUCUCUCAGCCAACCUGCCCCAAGUCCCAGCUCAUUUCUAGCUCCAUUGUACUGCGCAUGGCUGACUUCAGUAUUUACCAGGUGUCAACAGCAGACCAGCGCCGCUCCUCUCCUAAGGCUAUGAUCUCUUGUAAUAAAAAGACCCUGUACCUCCCACAGGAGAUGCCUGCUAUCCAUAUGGAAUUCACAGAGUAUUACUUCCCUGAUGGAAAGGACUACCCGAUUCCCUGCCCUAACCUGUAUGUGCAGCUGAACGCUCUGCAACUGGUCGUGGAUGCACAAAGUCUGGUGUGGCUGAACCUGUUUGCUCUGGAUUUGCGCCACAGCCUGGUCCAGUUCAUGGAGCUCUAUAAGCUCAACGACUUCCAAAAACCUGACGAGCACAUUGACGUCAAAGUAGACGGUCUCAUGCUAAAGUUGGUGAUUCCCGGGGACCAGAACGAGUUCCAGCCUGACCAGCCCUGCUCCAUUUCUGUGCAGACGUCUGAAAUGGUUGCCACGAACACGCGCCACUCGACUGGCUGCUCUCGCUCUGACCUCGAAGCUCUGCUGCAGGCUUUCCGAGAGCAGGCCUUCUUUAGCUCCUCCACAUCCUCCUCAUUCCCUGUGCUCCACCCAGUCUUCCAACGGCAUGCGCAUGAACAAGACACGUGCCUGCAUGAUGUAUACCGAGGCCUGGCACCUCCUGCGCUCAGCACCGAUGCCCUGAAGGCUCCGUCAGCCACAGAUCUGUGGGCUCUACGCUUCUCACAGUUCUGGGUGGACUACGAGGGUCCACGAAGUCACCGGCCUUCACCGUGUGUCGAUUCCUUUCCGCUCACCUUGUGGCUUUGCCAGCCUGCCCGCUAUGUUCAGCACCAGCAGAGACCGAAGGCGGCUGCAGGCACCGGGACUCUGCCGACUGACGUCACUGGUCGGCUGCAGAGAAAGAAGCUGUUAAAGGAGUAUUACAGCGCAGAGAGUUUGUCCAACCAACCAUCCAAUGGCCUGCACAAGCCUUUCUCUCUGGCCGGAUUGAAUGAUGCCAACUCUUCAUCGUCAUCCUCUGGAGAUGCGGAUGUGCAAGUGCUGGUACAUGUACAGAAACUGCUGAGUGCGCAAGCUAGCCACAGCCAGUAUGUGUUCCUCCUCAAACUACAGCAAACCCUGAAAUUGCUGCAGCGCACCCUGCAGCAUGACCUGCAGCAGCACGGCUUGACGCAGCAAGCUACAGGACGGACGUAUAGCGCCUGCGUGGGUCUCCUGGUCAGCAGUGCUGAGGUUGCGUUACUCCUGAAGCCCAUACCCACAGCCGACUCCGACAGCAGCCCUCUGGGUUCUGAACUCUCGCCGUCCGGGAGCAGAGCUACGCUGGAAGUUGGCAGUGAAGCAGGAGACAGCACAGCAGGCACGACCAAGCUCACCUGUAACGUAGAACAGCUUCUGUGUGAAGAUACGGAUAUCCCAAGCCAGAGUGCUCCACCUCUCCUGCCUGUUCCAGCAUCCACCAGAGCUGAGAAGAAAGGUUCCAUCGAGGAGAAAAACACCUGGUCCAGCUCAGAGGAGAAAAACAGUGCAGAUGGGUUUCAGGAAGGCAAACCUGAGCCCAAAAUCUUGCAGAACGACGCUCCAGUAGGCAGGACUAUCAGAGUGGAUGCCAUGGGGGAGCCAGUCGUUAGGGACUGGAGUGAGAAGAGCCAGGGAACCAGACUACCUCAAUCUAUGUCCAGUGGGCGUCUGAUGAAGGAUCGAUCGCAGUCAGCUUAUUCUGUGAAGUACAUGAACAUGAAGAGUCCGUCCCUGCAGUCUCUGGACAACAUCUCAAUGGACAGCUCCAUAAUAGAGGACUUCGAUGAGAGAGAUGACGUGUCUAUUUCCGGGUUUAAAGUCCCUUUAAAUGAUCCGAGCGUCGCCGAGCGGGCCGUCGAGGUGAUGGCAGAGGAUGGAGACGGUGCCCAGUCACCCGAAGCAGUCAGCGCCACCUCACAGAGUACUGACGAACAUGCCAAAGAUCUGGUGUCAGUGCUGGUCCUGAAGGUGCACUCGGUUCGCGCCUCUCUGAAUGUGAGGGGUGAUAACACUACUGUAGCUCUGGAGGUGGGGCAGGUCCGCACCAAUCAGCUUGGCAACGUCAGUCUACGCCAGUAUCUUAGCAACCACAGUCUUGGCUCAGGUUCAGAUCCCAAGCCCUGCAGUAACCAGCUGGAUCCAGCGGUUCGACUCCGGCUGGAGAGUGGGCCGAAAGCAGCUGCUCGCUCUCCUCUGGCUGAACACAAUGGCUUCCUGCAGUGCCAGCUGCAGGACAUCAGCACUGACUUCCUCAUGACGUACCUGCGAAAUCUCGCCAUCUUCCUUGACGAUGAUGCCACCUCUCACGUCCUCCCAAUGGAGAUCACCAUCCGAGAUACGCACAUUAACCUCAAGGAUGACGGUCCACGGGACGGCCCUUCAGAUCCGGAUCCCAACCCCAUGUCCCUGCAUAUCCACAAUCUUCUUGUCCUGCGCAGAGAUGAUGGCUCCUUCCACAUUGGAGUUGAGCAUGAUGCAGAAGUAGAGCCUCAGAAGACAGAGUCUGUUCCUGACAGCAGCAAUAUUUCGGCCACUGAGGUGCACGUGGCCCCUGAGGUGCAUGUGGGUCAGGAACCGAAAGCCACCCAAACUGCUCCUCUGUCACCCACAAGCCCCGUCUCCACCGACAAAGAAAAGAUGCUGAUGGAGGAGAACGAGUGUUUGAAACUGGAACUCUCCAGAACCAAAAUGGCGCUCGCUGAGGUCCAGAUGGAGAAAGACUCCCUGUUGCACCGUAUAAAGAACAUCAAACUGAACAGCUAGGCUAAAGCUUGAUGUGCAGAAACAUGAAGAUACUCUAAAAAAAAAUACAAUAAAAAAAACCCACCUGUCUGUCUUCUUCCUUCCAUGCAUCUUUCCCUUUAUCGUCUCUUAGGACAAACCGCCCAUAUUCUUUGCUUUUUUUACUUUUUCUCUCUCGGGGGUGUAUUCGCCCAGGCGAGUGUGUGUCUGCGUGUCUCUGUUCGCACAUUUGUUCUCACAGGAUGUUCUUGUCAGGAAAAAAAAAUCACGAACGAUGAAUUGACUUUGAAUGUCAUAUUUUGAAUAGAAUGUCUUAAAACAAACGACAAUUUGCACAACACCGAGCUCUAUAUAACAAAAUGUAUAUAUAUGAAUAGCUGGUUAGCAAUUACAAGAAUGUGUUUGUGUGUGUGUACAGUCUGCAUAAAGAAUGUUUUGUAAAGAGUUUUGAAUGGCCCGGUCUUUGGGUAAUUUUUGUGUGUGUGUGUGUGUAUAAAAAUGCGUGAGGGAUUUUAUAUUGUUUUAUUACCUAAAAAAUAUUUCAUAAUUGCUUUAUUCCAUGCACACUACAAUAACUUCCAUAACGCGAGAUUGCGCGUAGCUAUUGUGUAAACGGCGUGUUCCUAAAUGUAGAAGUAGGAAGCCGGUGUGUUUCUGCAUAGAAGAUCUCUCCGGUAUAGGUGUGUGUGUGUGUGUGAGUGAGAGUGUGAACGCAUUACCAUUGGUUGUGUUAUAGUUAGUUUUUUAUGAACUGAAGUGCUGCACAGUGUUUGCAGUUGCGGUGCUGCUUGAGCCUCGUGUCAUUCUCUGUGGAGAUUUUCACAAUCAGACCGUUGUGUUAUCAUGGGCUAAUAUUUCUAGCAUUUCAUUUCAUACAAAAAAACAGACUCGCUCAAGUGAUUUUAUUUUUUUUUUUAAGCAGAACAAUAUUUUUCACUGUUGGAAGGAUGACAUUUGCCGAAACCAAAUUUAGUUUAGUUUACUUCAUUGCUUUGUUGGUUUUUGUGUAUUUUUGAGAAGAGGGCGUCGGCCGUGUGUUUGUCUGUGCCGUAAUUUGUGUAUUAAAUGCUUCUUAGUUUAGACCAAAGCAAUUCUUGGUCAUCACCACGACUCAUCACGGCCUGUCCAUCGAUCUGAAUGAGAUCCACCCUAAGCCUGAGAACUUCAUACACAAAACAAUUUACUGAUGAAAAGAAAAAAAAAAUCUAAUAAUUUAUUAUGAAAAAGCUGCUGGAACAAAUUCACUCAAAUCUUUAUAGAAUGUGGCUACAUGUGUUUCAGAAAUCUAUAUACAUACCUGCCUUUUCUUCUAUGAUUAAAGAUGCAAUAAGUGAAAUGUAAGCGAUUUUUGGCAGAUUUUGGAUUUUUUUAAAAGCUCAAAUAAACAGUUUGUAGUGAUGUUA